AUGGCGGAACCCUUGUAUACAGCAUUCACCGGCGCUCAGGCUGAAGCUAAUUCCAUUGCACUAUUGGAAGGCCGCUACUCCCUGCCCGACCUUCUCGACCCCGCCACUACGGCCUUCCUUUCACAUUGCCGUUUUCACAAGGAUCACGUACCUGUGCACCUUGAGGUGACUACCUCUGAUCAUGUGUACUUCUGGUCCCGAAAUCCGGAGGACAAAGGCUCAGAACCUCACGGCUUGCACAACGGUCACUUCAAGGCAGCGGCCCAGUCACCAGUUAUUGCCUCUUGUGAUGCCCUUUAUUGA